AUGGCACAAUAUUCUGUCCUCUUUUACGGCUAUUACGACAAUAAACGAACAAUUGGAGCCAUGAAUUUCAGGAUGCCUCUCUCCUACUUUCUGGUGGGAAUCAUGUGCAUUGGAUACAGCUUCCUGAUUGUCAUCAGAACAAUGGCAAAGAACCUUGGUGAGGAUGGAGGUGGGGAUGACAACACUUUCAAUUUCAGCUGGAAAAUGUUCACAAGCUGGGACUUCCUGAUUGGUAAUCCUGAAACAGCAGACAACAAGUUUAACUCUAUCAUCAUGAACUUUAAGGAAGCGAUUGAUGAGGAAUUUGCAGCCCAAAGGGAAGAAAAUGUCCACUUGAUCCGAUUCCUGAGAUUUCUUGCUAACUUCUUCUGUUUCCUCACACUUGGUGCAAGUGGAUAUCUCAUUUUUUGGGCUGUAAAGAGAUCUCAGGAAUUUGCGCAGCAAGACCCAGACACCCUUGGGUGGUGGGAAAAAAAUGAAAUGAAUAUGAUCAUGUCUCUCCUGGGCAUGUUCUGUCCAACCUUAUUUGACUUAUUUGCUGAGCUGGAAAACUAUCAUCCCCUUAUAGCUUUGAAAUGGCUAUUAGGCCGCAUCUUUGCUCUUCUUCUUGGCAACUUGUAUGUAUUUAUUCUUGCUUUGUUGGAUGAGAUCAAUAACAAGCUGGAAGAAGAGAAGUUAGUUAUGGCAAACAUCACCAUAUGGGAAGCAAACAUGAUCAAAGCUUUCAAUUCAUCUCAGAAUGAAAAUAGCACUGGUCCUCCUUACUUUGUGGAACCUGCUGAUGUACCCAGGGGGCCCUGCUGGGAGACAAUGGUAGGACAGGAAUUUGUGCGACUAACUGUGUCUGAUGUCCUCACAACCUAUGUAACAAUUCUCAUUGGUGACUUUGUAAGAGCCUGCUUUGUCAGGUUUUGUAAUUACUGUUGGUGCUGGGACCUGGAAUAUGGCUAUCCCUCUUAUACGGAAUUUGAUAUCAGCGGCAAUGUUCUAGCACUGAUCUUCAAUCAAGGCAUGAUCUGGAUGGGAUCAUUUUAUGCUCCUUGCCUACCAGCUAUCAACAUACUUCGCCUGCAUACGUCCAUGUACUUUCAAUGCUGGGCUGUGAUGUGUUGUAAUGUUCCUGAGGCGAGGGUUUUCAAAGCCUCUAAGUCUAAUAAUUUUUACUUAGCUAUGCUUUUGCUCAUCCUCUUCUUGUCUACAAUGCCAGUGCUAUAUAUGAUUGUCUCCUUCCCACCAUCUUUUGACUGUGGCCCAUUCAGUGGCAAAAACAGAAUGUUUGAAGUUAUUGGUGAAACUCUGGAGCAUGAUUUCCCCAGCUGGUUGGCAAAAAUCUUACGGCAGCUCUCUAACCCUGGACUCGUCAUUGCUAUCAUUUUGAUCAUGGUCUUGACUAUCUAUUACCUCAAUGCUGCCAGUAAGGUGCAGAAACUUGGAAACUUAGAGUUAAAGAAGAAGAUGAAGAUGCAAGCGGAGGAAAACAAAAUGAGAAACAAAAAAAUGGCAGCUGCGAGAGCAGGUUAG